UCUUCCAUUUUCAUCGAGCCAUUUGUGAGAUACAGGCUUCCAAAUUAGGCUACCUGAAACUGUUUCAACACUUGGCCAAAAAUCAGAAUUCUUCAAGUGAGUUGAGAUGACUUCUUUGGCAAGGAAUUUUGAAUUGUGGAUUGAUCCAAUUGGGAUCAUAUCAGUCGAUUUUCAUAGCAAAAAACAUAGUCCUGGAGAGAGAAAGUGUGAAAAACAAACCCUAGAGGUGAUUUUGGAGCUGGGUUUCAUCAAUCAAGCGUGGAUUUCAUCCUUGGAGUGAAGAUUAUUAUCCCAGAGCAGAUCCUUCCCAUCUUGAUGAGUAUGACUACUUUGUAUUCUGUUUUCCUCUCUCUCUCUCUAUGGAGUAGAACCCUCUCUCACUUGUGUAUGAAGUACCCUAAUUCGAUGUGUUAGGGAUAUCGAUUGUAAUGACGUUUGGUUUGUGAUACUGUUUCAUUGUAAUCGAUUGAAGUGUUUUGAUUGAGUCAAUUGAAGUCUGAUCAUCUUUUCCUGACUUCUCCUGCAACCUGAGCUAAAUAGAAUCUGAUUACAAUAAGCACUCAACGUGAGAGGAAGGUUAACCGGGGAACAGAAGCCCACGGCCGGCAGAGCCCUUUAAGUACCGCAGGACCCUAUGUGCAGUGUCAAGGUGAUCCUGUGUAGGAGCUUGCAUUGCCUGAUUGAGAAGAUUAACCGCAUAGGUGAUAUUCGGACGAGUGACUGUGAGAUAGAGUAGACGACCAACUAGGCGGCGGAAGGCUGCUAGAUCAGGUGCAGGAGGAGAUGUUGUGCGGCCCAAUCGAUGAUUAUGUUCAAUGGGCGAGGAAGAAGGGCGUGUGGCCUAAAAACCAGUGUAAGCUAUAAUGUCUAACAUGUACUUGCGCUGGUUGAGAAUGAUGCCCUUUUUAGAUCGAGCAACUUCAAUCCCAAUAAAAUAUUUCAAAGGACCAAGAUCUUAGAUGGUGAACCAAUCAUGGAGGAACUUCUUGACAGACUGAAUGAAGACCAUAUCAUCCCCAGCAAGAAUGACAUCGUCGACGUAGAUGAGAGCCAUGACAAAGGAACCAGUCGUGCGAUAUAUGAAGAGUGAGUGGUCGACAUGACUCUGACGAAAACCCAGUUCAAGAAGAGCAGCGGAGAACUUGUGAUACCAAUUCCUGGAAGCCUGCUUGAGCCCAUAGAUAGAUUUGGGGAGUCGAAAGAAACGAGUAUCCACAGGCUAUGCGAACCCCUGCGGAACUUUCAUAUAGACUUCCUCGUCUAAGUCGCCAUGAAGGAAGGCGUUGUUGACAUCGAGUUGAUGGAUGAACCAACCCUUCGUGACCGCAACUGCAAGGAGACAACGAAUGGUGACCAGCUUAGCUACAGGAGUAAAAGUAUCAUGAUAGUCAAUACCUUCAACCUGGGUGUACCCCUUUGCCACGAGACGCCCCUUAUAUCGCUCGAUGGAACCAUCAGGUAGAUACUUGAUUUUAUAUACCCAUUUGAAGUCAAUGUUAUGUUUGCUUGGAGGCAAGAAAGACAACGUCCAAGUGCCACUCAACUAAGGCAUUGAACUAAGUAACCAUGGCCUUGCCCAAUGAAGGUGGAGGACUACUUGAAAGAAAUCUUUUGGCUCCGUGACGAGAGAGACACUGGUAAUGAAAGGCCGAUGAGAAGAGGAGAGCCAAUGAUGGGAGACAAAAUUAGCCAUGGGAUACCGGACAUGGUCUCUGAAUCGCCGGGAAGAUCGACGUCGUAGUCAUAAAGAUGUGUCGGUGGACGCCGUACCCUAUCACGUGCCAAGGUGGAGGGACCUGCUUGGUGGCUGCCGGUGGCGAAAGAGCAUCAAUUAGUGAAGGAGAAAGACUAGACGCUGGGUUGCUGGUGUCCGUGAGAGGGAAUGAUGCAUCCCCAUCCGGUGAGGGGAUAGACGCAACCGGUGAUGAAGGAGUAGGAGGUAUAAUCGUGAGAGCUGUGAACUUCUCCACUAUAGGAGUGACAGCAUCGGCAGUCUUGGGAGUAGGGUUGCAAAUGAGCCGAGCUACUCGUGAGCAACUCGAGGCUCAAAUCGAGAAAAACUCGUUUGAAACUUGACUCUUUUACUAACGAGCCAAGGUUGAGCUUAGCUAUGUUCAGCUCGCGAACUCGCGAGCUAGCUCGACUCGGUGGCUUGUUGAGCUCAACUCGUGAGUUGGCUCAUUUAGAGCUCAUGAGAUGUCUCAACAUUGUGGUUUGAAGGCCAACUUGAUCACCGACUUAUGGACGAAUCGAUCUAAUUUUCACUUUCAUAAUUUAGAAAAUAUGCCUUAUUUUUAAUUCUAUAAAGAAAUUAUGUACAAAAUUGUUUCGAUACUAUGACAUAACAUGAUUUGAACUAGUUAAAAUUAUUAACUAUACAAUAUGACACCUAAAAAUUAUAAUAUACGAUUAAUUAAUGUUGAAUAUUUGAAUUUUUUUUUUUUUGUCGUUACACCAAUCACAUGUACCAUACACGACAUACAAAAUGAAUGGAUUAAAUACGAUCUAAGAAUUAGUAAACAAGCCUAGCUCGAACUCGACUCGUUAAUAAAUGGCUCGAGCUCGAGCUCAGCUCAUUUGUUAACGAGUCAAGCUCAAGUUGGGGUAAAACUCGGCUUAGCUCGGCUCAUUUGCAGCCCUACUUAGGAGUGUCGGGGCUGUCAUCUGAAGGCGAGGUUGACGGCAUCAACGCUUGCUGGAACUGGAGUAGGAGGGGAUGAAAAAUCAUCCAUGAUGUGCACAGGAGUGAGAGGAUCAUGGGUAGAGGACUCCAUGGGUGACACUGCCCCCUCAAACACGUGCGGGUCUCUAUACGGGAAUAAAUGUUCGACGAAUACGACGUCAUGAGAUGUAUAGACUUUUUGUUUCUCAAGAUCAAAGAUACGAUAACCUCGCUGCAUAGCAGGCAGCCCGCAAAGAUUCCCAGGCGACCACGCGCUUCGAAUUUGUGGAGGUUACGAUGAUUAUUCUUGGCAUAGACUAGACAACCCAAUCUCCGGAGGUGUUCAUACUUGGGAAGAGUACCAAGAAGAAUCUGAUACGGGGUCUGAUGCUGGAUAGGGACAAGUGGCAAUCUAUUGAUGAGAUAUGUCGCGGUGAGAAUGCAUUCACCCCAGAAACGAAGUUGAAGACCGGCAUGGAAACAUAAGGCGCGAGCAGUGUCAUGUAGGUGAGAACGCAACUUCAGAUUUGUUCCGCAGUAAGAAAACCCAUACAGCACGACUAAAAUAAUCGACAAUCGUAAAAAAAAAUAAUGAGCAUGCCAUUGGAUGUAAGGAUGUAAGGCUAACAACUUGGUCCCAGAUGGAUGCCCGAAGCGAGAAUGCCAAAGUGCUGAUUCCCCCAAAGCAUGUCGCGCAGAGUAUGCCAUUGGAUGACUCCGUUCGAAAACCUUCAACUGGUAAAGACCAUCACUCUGAAUCCCCAUGCCAAUCAUCUUCCUCGAGGUUAAGUCCUAGAUAACACAGAAAUCGCUUAAGAAAUUCACUGCCACUGGAUGAUCAGCAGUGAGACGACUGACAGAUGACAAGUUGCAAUAAAAAUCUGAUACGUGCAAGACCCAAUUCAAAACCAAUCUGUUUUGUAACUGUGCCAUGCCAAUAUUACGAACAGGAACCCCAUUACACUUGAGAAUUCGUGAUAUGAUCCCAAUUGGAUCAAUCCACAAUGUAGACACCACAUUUUGUCCAGAUCGAUACUUAUUGUCACUUUUAAACUUAUGAAGCUAUCUCUCAGCAGUUGAAUAAGGAUUGUUCAUGUUGUACGAGAAUACGAUCUUCAGUUCAAGUUUAAUACAAGAUGAAGCAUUCAAGGUCAAUGCACAAGAGGGUCAAUGCAUGAGGAAAGUACAAGAUCAUAUAAUUGAAGAAUUUAAAGGUCAGUACAGUCAUCGACACCAUUACAAAAGUUUGUACACUCCUAAUUAGUCAACCGAGUUUCCAUAUUCAAAGCUGAGAAGCAAAAGUCCAAUACGUUUGAAAAACCCACACCAGCAGCCUGCAAAGCAAAGAAGAGGGAUCAACUAAUUCAGGCCCAAAUACAGAUGUAAAGCUCAAGUAAAGACUCAAUUCCAAG